UUUUUGAGAUGUGGGAGGAAAUCAGAGUGCCCGGAGAAAAACCACGCAGGCACAGGUGAGAACAUGCAAACUCCACACAGGUGGGUCCGGGAUCGAACCUGGGACCUCAGAACUGUGAGGCCAACGCUUUCCACCGUGCCGCUCCAAGAAACAUGAAGCCGACAAAUAUGAUUUACUUUCCCGGGCGACAUAAAAGGAUGCAGCGAGCCAGAUCUGGCCCCCCGGGCCUUGGCUUUGACACCUGUGAUCUAUGAUAACAAAUAUAGCGACAGGCAGAACAAAUUAAUAAAUGAGGGUUCAUAAUGUAUCUGUGCAAUCAUCUGUUGCGAUUCAUACAACAGAAAAAGUAAAUGCCAGACAAAUAUUAAGUGCAUUUGAGAGUAAAUACAGACGAGAUUAUUAUUAUUAUUUCAAUAUUUAUACUUUCUGUGAAAUUUCGGUGUGGUCUUUUCCGGCUAGAUUUUAGUGAUAUUAAAUGUGUACUUUGGCUCAGUUCAAGUAAAGGCUAGUAGUAAACACUGGUUACUGCAAACUACAGCAUCAGAGGCGCACACAUAAUGCGGUUUUGAAAAAUGAUAUUUUGCUGCCCUCUUUUGUGGUAUUAGUGAAGUUGUAGUUUGGUAGCCCAUCACGAACUUUUGCCGUCCGGACGAAGCAUCCGUGGAAAGAGUUGAGUGAAAUUAUGUUUAAAUAAUCUUAGCCGUUGAAUUGAAUGCGGCGACGUGGUUUAGUUUGUUAAAAUCUAAAUUGAUCUUAUCUACUGAAUUAUGUAAAGCGGAGACAUUUCCUGACAGUGAAAUUAUAGGGCAGCGCCAUUAUUUUUUUUUUUUUCCGGUCAUCCAAUCGGAGACGAUUACGACUUCCUUAAGCGGGCGGAUUUUGAACCAAUCAGCGGCGUUGUUCUAUUCUCAUCUGGCCAAUGAUUUCGCAGUUUGUUUCCAGGUCCGGAAGAAAACGCCGACGAUGUGUUACGUUUUGUUUCUCGGUGGCGAGUUCAACGACAGCUCACGGGCGAAAGUUUGGACUUCCGUCGUUGCGUAUUUCUUCGUAGAAAAGGCAGUUUAAGUUCGGUCAGAGGCUUGUUUGUUGGCGCUCUGUGGCCUCCGCCCCUCCAGCGCCCCUGCCCCCCCGGGGUACGCGUAGAAAGAGUGGCGUGUGCGGAUCGAGAAUGGAGGAUUCAACCCCGAGUCGUCAUGGCGCUGGUGACUGCGUGGCGAUCCGCUAGCGACCGUCUCCUCGGAGGAUGGGGCCCGCUUCUGUGCGUCUUCCUGGGCUCCCUGGUGGCCCUGUUGACGCCACUCGUCGGGGUGGAGGAGCAGUGCCGGGGCUCGAAUGCCGUCGCGCAGCUCCGCUGCCACCUGUGGGGGAGCUUCCGGGAGCCCCCGGCUGUGCAGACUACCAGCCUCACCGUCCCCCUGACGGCCCUCGACCUGCUUCCUCUGAAGGCCAAGCCCAGCAAAGAAAUGAUUUUUGAGGCCAGAGCGGCGCUGCAGCAGGCCCAGGAGAUGAAGAAACACGGCAAGAGGGAGAAAGCCCACAAGCUGCUGGCCCACGCGCUCAGUCUGAAUCCGGACUACGUGGACGCCCUGACCGAGCUGGGGACUAUUCUGGAGGAGGACAAGGACGUGGUGCAGGCGGACCACCUGUACACCAAGGCUUUGGCCAUCUCGCCUUGUAACGAGCGGGCCCUGAUGAGCCGAGACCGCACCCUGCCCCUGGUGGAGGAGAUAGACCAGCGCCACUUCGGCGUCAUCGACAGCAAAGUCCGCAGGCUCAUGUCCAUCCCCAAAGGGAAUUCGGCGCUACGUCGGGUGAUGGAGGAGACCUACUACCACCACAUCUACCACACGGUGGCCAUCGAAGGCAGCACCCUCACUUUGUCGGAGAUCCGCCACAUCCUGGAGACGCGUUACGCCGUCCCCGGCAAGAGCUUGCAGGAGCAGAACGAGGCCAUCGGCGUGGACGCGGCCAUGAAGUACAUCAACACCACGCUGCUGUCCAGGACGGGAACCAUCGGCGUCGGCGACAUCCUGGAGAUCCACAGACGAGUGCUGGGCUACGUGGACCCCGUGGAGGGGGGGCGCUUGCGCACCAACCAAGUGUUCGUGGGCCACCACAUCCCGCCCCACCCUCGGGACCUGCAGCAGCACAUGCAGGAGCUGGUCCAGUGGCUCAACUCCGACGAGGCGCUGCAGCUGCACCCGGUCGAGUACGCCGCCCUGGCUCACUACAAACUGGUCUACGUGCACCCGUUCGUGGACGGCAACGGGCGCACGUCGCGGCUUUUGAUGAACCUCGUCCUCAUGCGAGCGCGGUACCCGCCCAUCACCAUCCGCAAAGAGCAGCGGGCCGAGUACUACGCGGCGCUGGACACGGCCAACGAGGGCGACGUGCGUCCCUUCAUCCGUUUCAUCGCCAAAUGCACCGAGAUCACGCUGGACACCUUGCUGAUCUCCACCGCCGAGCACCCCGUGGGGCUCCCGGGGUCGCGGCAGGACCAGGCCUGUCCCGACUGCAAACACACCAUCCCGGUUCACAACUGAUCUGGCGACCGGACGGCAAGUCUGUCCCCAAAUGGGUCGUCAGCUCGGGGUGGCUUUGUCUUUAACCUGCUGAAAAUGGUUCUGUGUGGUCAGAAUUUUGGGACUUACUCGGGAAGCAUCAAUAUUUGGCUUUAGUUAGAAAUAUGUGCACUUUCAUUUAUUUAUUCUAUGCAAAUAAAAGUGA